GUAGGACUGCAAUGGCUUUGAUUCCUUGUUUUGCAUGUCCAAAUCAGAUGGGGUGUGGAAUUUGAUUGAAAGGACUUGGGAUUUUGGAUUAUUCGAUCUUCUGGGGUUUUGUCACUUGACCUUUUUGAGCUACUUAAAAAAAAAUUUUCUAUAUAUAAAACUCAGAGAGAGUAUUACACCCACAACAAAAACUCUUGGUACUCCUUUCUUGGAUAUCCUCCCUAUUUUGAGAGUUUCAUUUGAUAUGUAGAAAGAUUUUAUAACUUUCCGGAGUUUGAGGUCUUUCUGUUUUUUUUUUUUUUUUUUUCGUUGGUUUCUAGCUGUUCGGAUAACAUCUUUUGUUUGCUGUUGGAGAAGGAAUUUCUACUAACUUUCGGUGCACCAAAAAGGAGGCUUCUGUCAGGCAUGAAAAUAGGUUUAUUCAUCAUGUUAAAGUAGUAUUCGGCGAAUACACAAAGCCAAGUAAAGAAAAACAACACAAAAUUCAGUCAUGAAGUUUAUGAAACUCGGAUCUCGGCCUGACACCCUCUACACUGCCGAGGCUGGAAGGUCUGUCUCUUCCGAAGUCUCUAGUGACCUUAUAAUUCAAGUGAAAGGAAUUAGAUAUCUGCUUCACAAGUUUCCUCUUUUUUCAAAGUGUUUGCGGCUUCAGAGGAUAUGCUCUGAAUCCCAUGAAACACCACAACACCAAAUAAUCCAAUUACCUGAUUUCCCUAGUGAAAUUGAGGCGUUUGAGCUCUGUGCAAAGUUCUGUUAUGGUAUCACAGUCACUGUCAGUGCAUAUAACAUUGUAGCUGCACGAUGUGCAGCCGAGUAUUUGCAGAUGACAGAAGAUGCUGAGAAGGGAAACUUGGUUUACAAACUCGAAGUUUUCUUCAAUUCCUGCAUCUUACAUGGCUGGAAAGAUUCUAUUGUGACCCUACAAAGCACCAAAGCCUUUCCUUUAUGGUCAGAAAAUCUUGAAAUUACAAGCAGAUGCAUUGAAGCAAUUGCGUCAAAAGUUUUGACACACCCCUUAAAGGUGAGCUUGUCACACAGUCACUCGAGAAGGGUUAGGGAUGAUAUAUCUUGUAAUGGAGAAGAGAGCCAGCGGCACAAACCAACAACCAAAGGUUGGUGGGCUGAGGACAUGGCUGAGUUGGGUAUAGACCUUUACUGGAGAACCAUGAUAGCAAUUAAAUCUGGUGGGAAAAUACCCUCUAAUCUCAUUGGCGAAGCAUUGCAAAUUUAUGCAUCUCGAUGGCUACCUAACAUAUGCAGAAAAGUAAAAGCUAACAAAGAAGCAGCAUCAGACUCAGCUGGUGAGAUUACUUCGAAGCACAGGCUGCUGUUGGAAUCAAUAGUAAGUUUACUCCCGUCAGAGAAAGGCGCUGUUUCUUGCAGUUUUCUACUUAAACUUUUGAAAGUAGCCAACAUUCUCAAUGCUACAUCUUCUUCAAAGAUGGAAUUGGGUAGAAGAGUAGCACUUCAGUUAGAGGAGGCAAGAGUCAGUGAUCUGUUAAUACCCUCUUUAUCAUACUCAAGCGAUACCCUCUAUGAUGUAGACAUAGUUCUAACUAUUUUGGAGCAAUUCAUGUUACAAGGACAGAGCCCUCCAACUAGCCCUCCAAGAUCCAAGCUGGGGUUUGAAAAGAGAAGAAGGUCCCGUUCCGCCGAGAAUAUUGAUUUUGAGUUUCAGGAAAAUAGGAGGUCUUCUUCAGCAUCACACAGCUCCAAAAUAAAAGUAGCCAAAAUUGUAGAUGGGUAUCUUCAAGAGAUUGCCAGAGACAUAAAUUUACCACUGUCAAAAUUCAUUGCAAUAGCUGAGACAAUUCCGGAUUUCUCCCGGCAUGACCAUGAUGAUCUCUAUCGAGCUAUUGACAUUUAUCUCAAGGCACACCCAGACCUAAACAAGAGCGAAAGAAAAAAGUUGUGCCGCAUUCUAGACUGCAAAAAACUCUCUGUCGAAGCCUGCAUGCAUGCUGCUCAAAAUGAAAAACUACCUCUUAGAGUAGUGGUACAAGUUCUUUUCUUUGAGCAAGCUCGAGCCGCCACAGCUGGGGGCAAAAUGGCUGAGCUCCCUAGCAACAUUAAGGCACUUUUAGCUUCUCAUAAUAUUGAUCCAUCAAGGCCUCCAGGUCCUUUAAGCACCACUACUAGCAUCCCAGCAGAUGAUCAAUGGAGCGUCUCAGGCCUUAAAUCACCCAAGUCCAGAAUGUCAACAUUAAGGAUGAAGCUUGCUGAAGAUGAUGAUUUGGACGAAAAUGAUAUGAACCCUGAUGGAAUGGGGAGACCUUCUAAGUUUAAGGCUUUCUGCGCUAUACCUACGAGACCCAAAAAAAUGUUCAAUAAGUUGUUGUCCACUAAUAGAAGUGCCAGUGAAAAGAAUUGAGUGAAUUUUGUUUAUUUCCAAGUUGGGGAUGUUAACAUAUACUCUCUUUUUUUUUUUGUUGUCCUUUGAGUAAAUGCCUUUGUAAUUUUAGCUGAGAAACAAAGAAUCUCAAUGUGCAUUGUUGAUGUAACCUAAGAUAAUAAUAAGAAUCAGGAUUUUCAGGAGACAGGAAAUUCUCUUUGCUGA